GAGCAUGGCGUACAACUACCUGACAUACCGCGUGCCACCGGUGUCAGCAUCGCUCAAGGCAAUCGUCCUCUCCAACAACUUCCUCUCGGGCACCUUCCCUGCCAACUCCGCCACCUCCUGCGUCUCUGCUGCCAACUGCUUCACCAGCGCCACCUCCUGCAACACUCCUACCGAGCAGGGUGAUACGGCACAGCGAGCAUCGGGGUGUGCGGCAGUGCGAGUGGUCAGGGCAUGCUGUGCGGCGGCACAGGGGUAUGCACGCCCAAUGCUGCUGCACUGUUCACUGCCAAGACGCCGAAUACUGCCGCUGCUGCUGUUCUCCCCAUGUCCUGUGUUG